CAAUUUUACAUGAAAGAGUGCCAGGGUCAAUGUUUUUCAAGUUUGUCUUAAGGAAUCACAGUGCAUGCACAAUGACUGUCACACGUUGGAUGCACUUGCUGCUGUUCUGUCUGUGUUGCCAUUAUGAGAUCCAGCUUGCUGCAUGCAAACCUGCGUGGAUGAAAUCGCAGUUCCCUUGUGAUGUCACAGCGGACAAUACCUCUACGGUCCGAUUUGACUGUGAAGGGCGUCAUCUGAAAAUAGUACCUUCUGGGAUAACCACUAACGCUACUGAACUUAACUUAUCAGACAACUACAUUAAGAAUAUUUCGGCUGAUUCGUUUUCCAGCCUGCUGAAUCUGACUCAACUCAAUCUCAGCAGGGCAAACAUGGACCACGCAGUGAUCAUUGCUGCGAAUGCUUUCAAAAAUCUGACAAAACUGCGAGAACUGAGACUGACUGGCAACUAUCUGAAAGAAAUUCCCGGCAAUCUCCCUCUCAGCGUGGAAAUCCUCGACCUGAACAACAACCACAUUUUUUUGUUGGAUAACAGGAGCCUUGCUGGCUUACCAAACGUGACCCAUUUAAGGUUAUCCAGAAACUGCUACAUCUGGAACCCUUGUGGGAAAUCUGUUACGAUUAUGAAAGACAGUUUUGCAGUUAUGAACAAGCUGCAGGUUCUGGACUUGUCUUCUAACAACUUAACAGAAGUUCCCAAAGGAUUACCCCAAUCAUUAAGCAUGUUAACGCUGGGUUCUAACAGAAUCCAGCACAUAUCUGAAGAUGAUUUUUUGUGGCUACCGAAUUUAAACGUCCUAAAAAUAGAAGGAAACUGUCCAAGAUGUCAAAAUGCUCCAUUUCCUUGUGUUUCUUGCAAAAACAUGUCUCUUGGUAUCCAUCCUAAUGCAUUUCAGAAUCUAACACAGCUCCUAACACUGAACCUGGGAGGAAACUCCCUGGACCACCUGAAUCCCUCCUGGUUUGAGAAGCUGAACAAGCUUAAGCAAUUGUUCCUGUCAUUCAACUUCUUAUUAAAAGCAAUUACUGAGGAGGCAACAUUUCUAAGAUAUCUCCCAAAGUUAGAAGUAAUUGAUCUCUCUUUCAACUUUGCCCUCAAAUCAUACCCCACGACAUUAAAUCUCUCAAAGGAGUUUUCAAAUCUCGUGUCUCUCAGAACUUUGCAUUUGGAGGGUUUGGUCUUCCAGAAUCUUGAACUGGACACGCUCAGACCUCUGUACAAGCUCCAAAACCUGUCCGCACUGAACUUGGGGACUAACUUCAUUAUUCACUCUAAUUCCACCAUAUUCAGCCAAUUUAUCGACCUGAAAAUGAUAUACCUCGCAGAAAACAGGCUGUAUCCCAUCCCAGUGAGAAGUUCAAGUGACGGAUACAAUCAGGGGUCUGACCUCUCUAUGUCACCGCUCGUAAAACCCCAGCCGAAAGAUUUUGUUUAUGAACUAUCCCACGGCCUUAUCAAACAAGAGUGCUUUGACUCUGGACGAGUGCUAAUCCUCAGCUCAAAUAAUCUGUUCUUCAUUUCUCUACAGCAAUUUAAAGGCUAUGAGAAUAUUGCAUGUCUCAACCUCUCCAGUAAUGGAUUUUCAGCAGCACUUAAUGGAAAAGAGUUCUCCUUGCUGCCUAAUCUGACAUACCUAGACCUUUCAUUCAAUAGGAUUGAUCUGGCCUAUGACAAUGCCUUCAAAGAACUAGAUAAACUACAAGUGCUAGACCUCAGUAACAAUGAUCACUACUUUAAAGCAUUUGGGGUAACGCAUAAUUUAAAUUUUACAAAAAAUCUGCCUGCUCUGAGGGUGCUGAAUAUGAGUCAUAAUUCCAUUUCCACGUUGACAACAAAAAUGAUGCACAGCAAAUCAUUAACAGAACUUCAGUUCACAAAUAAUUUUCUCGGGACUCUUUGGAAAGAAAGUGACGUCUCGUAUAAGAUGCUUUUUACUAAUCUUACUAAUUUGAGAAUUUUAGAUAUAUCCUACAACAGCAUUGUAAAGAUUCCAGACAAUGUUUAUGAAUAUUUGCCGUCUAACCUCACCACACUACGCAUAAAUCACAAUUAUCUUACUGAUUUUACAUGGGACAAACUCACGUGUUUCCAUCAACUUCAAAUUUUAGAACUGAGUUUCAAUUAUUUAACUAAUGUGACAGUUAUAAAGGCAAACGUCUCUUUGACUUUCCUUGACCUGAGUCAUAAUCACAUUAUCCACUUGGACAAUGGGUUUCUAAAGGGUGCAAAAAGCCUCACGACUCUUAAACUUAGCAACAACAAACUGACUAUAAUCAAUCAAUCCACCUUCCAAUCCAGACCUGAAUCUCAGAUCCAGACUUUGUACAUGCAGAGAAACCCGUUCCAGUGUACCUGUGAUUCAUUAGAGUUCAUUGUGUGGAUUGAAAACAGUGAUGUAAAGAUCCCUGGGCUGACCACCGAGGUGACAUGCGACACACCGGCGAACCUGAACGGUCAAGCUCUGAUCUACUUUGACAUUAACCAGUGUGUAAAUGACAGUCAGGCGUUCUUGAUCUACAUUCUGACAAAUUCCUUCAUUAUUGUUUUCAUGUUUGUGGCAACAGUUGCUCACUUGUUCUACUGGGAUGCUUCCUACCUGUUUCACUAUAUGAAAGCUAAGCUGAAAGGAUACAGAUCCUUGAACUCACCAGACUGUGUUUAUGAUGUCUUUGUGACGUACGAUACCAGAGAUCCACACGUCUCCGAGUGGGUGAUGACGAACCUGCGAGUGAAACUGGAGGAGGAAGGAGAUAAGCAUCUUCCUCUGUGUCUGGAGGAGAGGGAUUGGGCCCCCGGAGCCCCACUGGUAGAGAACCUUGCUCAGAGCAUCCGGUACAGUCGUAAGACCCUGUUCGUCUUAACCGAGGCUUAUGUUAAGACCGGGGUUUUCAAGCUGGCGAUGUGUCUGGCCCACCAAAGACUGCUUGAUGAAAACGUGGACGUGAUCGUGCUGCUGAUGCUGGAACCCGUCCUGCAGCAUUCUCACUUCCUGCGCCUGAGGAGGCGGAUGUGUGCGAAAAGUGUGUUGGAGUGGCCAAGAACAGCUGCCGCAGAGCCCUGGUUUUGGCAAAUCUUGAGGAAUGUGGUCAGAGUGGACAACCAGGCGAUAUGCAACAAGACUUAUAAAAAGUACUUUACCAUAAAGUGAACCAAUGACUACUGUCUGGGAAUGAUUUAGGCCUAACUUUAAAAUGCUAUAUCUGGUGCCUUUUUAAAUUGAUUGUUCUAUGUCAACUCUGAUGUGGUCCUUCACAACUUGUAUCACUCUGUCUGGGGUUAAUUAAAGACAAAUAAAGAUAUUGAUUAUGUUUUUUACAAUGAUACAGAAUGUCUUGUGUGGAAAAUGUAUAUCAAAUAAAUCAACUCAUUUAAAAUCUGUGCCCUUUUUUGGAUGUUAUGUGGUCUCCAUCUAGCCUAGACAAUAUAUUUAAGGUAACAAAAACAACCAACACAAUUUGUUGUAAGAAUAAAAUGUGCUGCAUUAUCCCUCAGGCCUAUUUCUAAUUUGUCAAGACUCAGCUAUGAGAGUCAAAAGAAAACAUGUUGAGCUUUGCACAACUAAAACUCUGUCCAAUCUGCAGUUCCAAUGAAAUCCCCCUCUACCUGCACUUCCUGGUUAUACCUUUGUUUGUCCGCAAGGUGUCGCCCUCUGAUGCACGUUGUAAUGGCUCGUUUUGUGCAGGUUAAA